AUGAGGCGUUUUACUCAAUUGAAGGAGUUAGUUAAGCCUGCCAAAACUAGAUUUGCAACGGCUUUCUCAACUUUACAAAGGGUUUGUCAACAAAGGAACAAUUUGAAAAAGAUGUUCACUUCAGAGGAGUGGAUCAAAAGCAAAUGGACGAAGGAGCCACAAGGUAAGAAGACAGCUCAAAUACUACUAAUGCCUUCAUUUUGGAACCAUUGUCACCUUGCCCUCCAAUUUUCAUGUCCUAUUGUUCGUGUACUAAGAAAGGUUGAUGGUGAAGGAAAGCCUCCAAUGGGUUACAUUUACGAGGCUAUGGAUAGGGCUAAGGAAGCUAUUGCAAAUAGCUUCAGUGGAAAUGAAGAGAAGUACAAAGAUGUGUUUCAAAUCAUUGAACAAAGGUGGAAUGUUCAAUUGCAUAGCCCUUUACAUGCAACUGGGUUUUAUUUAAAUCCAGAAUUUUUUUACAAAGAUCCAAGGGCUGCAAAGGACAAAGAAAUCGUAUCAGGCCUAUAUCAAUGUAUAUCAAGGUUGAUCCCAGCACUAGAGGUCCAAGAUAAAGUUACUACAGACUUAAAACAAUAUGAAAAUGCUAAAGGACUUUUUAGAAUACCUAUGGCAAUUAGACAAAGAACUACAAGGGUACCAGAUGAUCUAUCUGAUUGGUGGAGUUCUUAUGGUCAUGAUGCUCCUGAGUUGCAGCAAUUUGCCAUCAAAGUUCUUAAUCUUACUUGUAGUUCAUCUGGUUGCGAGAAGAAUUGGAGUGUGUUUGAACAUCUUCACAGUAAAAAAAGAAAUAGGCUAGCUCAAAAACGUCUCAAUGAUUUGGUGUUUAUCAAGUAUAAUAGAGCAUUGAAAUGUCGAUACAUUUCACGUGGCAAAUUUGAUCCCAUCUCUUUGAAAGAUAUUGAUGAAAGCAAUAAAUGGCUGAUUGGGAGAAUGGAGAAUGAGCCUGUGUUUGAUGAUGAUGAUGAUGAUUCUUUGGGGUGGAAUGAUGUUGCUGGAGCUGCUGGAGUUGAGGAAAGUAGCCAAAGAACUAGACCAACCACAACUAGGACAACUCCAAUUGGUUCAAGCUCACGUCGACUUGUAGAUGAAGAGGAAUGGGAAGAUGUAGAUUCAGAUGAGGAAGAAGAGGAGGAUGUGGAGGGAUAUAAAUCCAAUGAUGAUGAAGAAGAUGAUGGAGAUGACGCUUCUUAUUAA